GAGACAAAUUGGGACUCGGUCAUGGAGGGAGUUACUUUUGUCAUGUUUGGGCUCAACAGCUGAUCACACACAGGUCCCCAAGGCCAUGUAUCGCCGAGACUUGACCUGACCUGGCCCGACCUGGUUCGAUUGGAACUUGUGCAAGUGAGAAAACCAUUCAUUUGUGUUCGGGUGAGAGGAAAACAGUAGAAUUUCAGAUUGAAGACAUAUCCAUCAUGAUUCCAAUGAAGAGUCUUCAGGAAUGGGCAGCAGAUUGCAUUGCCAAAAGUCUCCUGCAUAGUCUGUGUGUCACUCGGCUGGCCACCAGCGCCUUUCGCUGCCCAGUGGAUUCCAGCCAGAGGGAGAUCAUUACACAAUGCCUUACAAACCUGAAGGUGCAUCUGUCCAGCUUAGAAUGUACUACUGCCUCCACCAACAUCAGCAAUCCUGUCUCUAGACUCUUGAAGCAAAGAAUUGCCUCAGUCGCAGAAUAUAUAUCAUGCCAAUCCCAAGUGAACUUCCUCAAAGCUUCUAUUCUGAAACUACUGCUGCUAGAGGAGUUUGUACUCAGCACAGGAGUGGUAUGGGAAGGAAGGAAUGCAGCCUCUGGGGAAGACAGUGAUGGCGACUUCAACAUUGGAUAUUCCUCAUCAGACACUGCCUACCUGGAUGCUUUCAUCCGAGUCCUGGAGACACUGGGACCCUUUCCUGUGGAGAAGGCAGUGAUCUGCUUUGAUUUCCAGGAUACUGACAACAUGAAAGCAGUCCUGCAAGCAUUGUUCAAGAGCUGUACCAAAAUCAAGAGCAUCCAUCUGGCAGGAAAGAGCGUUCACCUGAUUGCCCUCAGCAAACUAAAAUCAGUCUCAAAGCAGCUAGAGGAGCUUGUGCUGAUUGACUCCUUUGGGUCACUGACAAAAGAUGUUUUCUGUGUGUCCCUGCUAGGACGGCCUUGGAUAGAGUACAUUUCUAGUCAUGAUGGGAGGUAUAACUGCUUGGAGCCACAGUUCCCUGUAUUGAAACACUUGUGGUACCAGCGACAAAACUCACAUCAGGGCUGGAAUGAUAGCUUUAUUAAGACAGCAAUUCUCACUUACUACCCCAACCUACGCACACUCAAUUGGCAUGUGAAUGACUUGAACCACAACUAUGCCCUAACCAAAAUCCCAGGGUUGAGUGGCAAACAGUACAACCUGGAGAACCUGCUCCUAACGUCUGUUGAUCUAUCUGACUCCAAUAGGAAUACAGCAUCCAACAGGCUUAUCUGCAGUGUGGAUGUUGGGUAUCUCUCUCAACUAUUUCCCGGCCUACUAGAUGUGUCUUUGGUAUUUUCUCGAGGCAGAGACUGUCAGUGUUCACGCUCAGAGUUAAGGGGUCCCUGUGAAGCAAGGGCUACACAGAUUAUAGAGACACUUACCAAUGUGCUGUCUGAGUGUAAGAAGGUGGAGUCCCUUACAGCAGGUGGGGACAUUCUACAUUUAGACUCUAUCCUGCAUCCUGUUCUUAGUGUCUAUGGGUACAGGCUGAAAUCUCUGGGCUUGCGGCUACUUUCUACUGCCACCACAAAGCAGGAGGACAUUGUAUCUAUUGUCUCCUUAUGUGCAAAUCUUGAAAAUAUUACAAUCACAGGAAAUGGCAUCCUGGAGGGAAAACCAGUGAGGACUCCUCCUGAGUGUAAAUGGCCCAAAGUGAGGACAUUACAUUUCGUGCUUAGUGUAGCUCAUCCAGAAAAUAUAGAAUUGAUGCAAAUGUUUAUAUCUGCUUCAUGUUUUGUGGAAAGUUUAAGCGUGAGUAUAUUUUCAUUAAAGAGUUUAUGUUCAAUACUUUGUAGACAGACAACUAUCCCUGUGAUAACUCUUAUUUUGCCCAUGCUGGAUGACAUAUCUGACAUUGAUUUAGAUGACCAACUGUGUGUGAUAUUGAAGCACUGCCCAAGAAUGCGCCACAUGUAUGUACCCCGUAGACUCAAACAGUGGAGACACCUACAGGAAAAGCUAUGGAACAGAGGAGUCACCGUAAAAUUUACAGACCUCCUGGUAGGUGAAUGCUGAAGAUCCGACAAUGUAUUAAAAUUACGCAGUGUUGUGAAUGACAAUAAUGCUUUUAAUGACAAAUUUAGUGGCAUUUUCUAGAUUGAUCUCCAUUGUGUGGGAAUACAGAUAUUCCCUGAGGGCCUGUUCACACUAGGCAGUUUUAAUCACAUGACUACUGUGAGGACACUAAGUCAUUGGAGGUCUUCACGUGCAGUUGCUCCAUUUUCUCAGUUACGCAACUAAAAUCACCAUGUGAACAACUGCCACAAACAGUCACAUGACUAAAAUCACCUACUGUGAAUGGGGCCUUAAACUCAAGUAAAGAUCAAGUAUAAAACCAACAAAAUUCUGUAAGGAUGGUAAAUGUUUAACCGAGUUGUGGAUGUUCAAAGAAUGAAAUGACCUUUUAGGAUUUUGUACAUUCAACAAUGUGACCAAAGAUGAAAAUAACAAAACUAUUAUUAAUAGAAAUAAAUUUGCAGAAAUAUGUAGAUACUUAUUUAGGUACUUAAAUGAUUCUGGCUCUGUACCUAUUCAGUGGUUUAUGACUGGUGCUGCGGGGAGUGGGAAGGGUCUUGAUAAUAAGAGCCACAGUGACCAAUAAUAAUUGGUAUAAUGUACUAAGGAAAUUUAUGUAGGUGCUCAGGAGUGGUUAUUUUUCCCCAUAAUCAUCAGUACCAAGAUUUGUUAAAAAAAUAUCACUAGUCAUUUAUUAUUGGUGUUAAAGCAUCAGCAUAUGGUUAUGAACUGUCAGAGUUAGUAUGUAUAUAUACAGUAGCGCCUUGAUAUUUUGCAGGUUUGGGUUCCAUAGACCUCUCAAGUUACGCUAUCAGAAAUAUAGUUUAAUAUCCCUAUUAAAAAAAAUUUAAAAGUUUUUGAAGGAAAAGUAUUAUCCAUAAUUCUUAAAAGAAAAUACAUAUGCUAUUGAGUCUCGCCGAACAUGAAUUUGCUGGUGAAGAAUUCUUGGGUAGCACAAUUUUGUGAAAUAUUCAAAAGUAUACCCAACAUGACACUUAUCUUCUUUUAUAUAAAUCACCUUUACUGCAUCCCAACUGGGCAUGGUGUGAUCUAGAGUAUUUUAUUUAUUUAUUUAUUUAUAAUAGGUAUCAGAACACUAGCCAGUUUAACGGAUAAAAAAAAAAAUUCCAGUUUAUUGAAAGGGAAAACUGGUUUAUCAGAAUAUGAGAUGGAAUUGGAGGAAAUUUACUGACAAACUCAAGAAUCUAACUGUUGUAAUUAAAAAGCUUGAAAUAUAUAUUUUACUGGUACAUAUUUACGCAAUUAUGAACCACUAUUUUUGAGUGCCAUUGUUUACAAAUUUUUUUUUCUUUUUUAAACCUUUGCAAAUCAAUUUUUAGGUGCUAUUGAACAUAUAUGUACUAUAGUUGUCAUUCUGUUCAUUGAUUUUAUUUCAGCUCUACCUAUUUUCUGUAAGGUGAACAUGGGCAAAAAGUAUGAAAGGAGACCAGCUCAUACUGUCUUUACCUGGCUGGGAACCAAAACCCUCAAACCUCUCAGCUGUGAGAUGAGUGUAACUGCCACAUCAGGCUGCUUGUAUGCUGAGGUUGUCCUCCCUAAAGGCUGGCAGCCAAAACAUGUCAUGUCACACUGUAGAAAUAAAAAGACAGGAGGAGGUUUCCAGUCCCCUCGCUCCGUCCCUUUCAGUCACCUUUUACAAGACAAUACAGUAGCAGCAGUAGAAUUUCAGCCUGGCCAUAGAUAGUGUGGCUCCUCAGUGUUUCCCUAAUAUUGUAUUGUUAUGUAUUAUAUUUUACAUUUACUAAUAUUUUAUAUUUUUGAGUUACAAAGGCUCAUUAAUUUUAUAGUUAAAUUCAAGUAUAAUUGAUGAGAUUUUCUUUAUUUUCUAGUUUAAUUUGAUAUUAACUUCGUAUUUACCUAGAUGUGUGAUUUAUUACAUAUGUAAAUUUUUCUAAUUGUCCAGUCUCUCUCUCUCUCUCUCUCUCUCUCUCUCUCUCUCUCUCUCUCUCUCUCUCUCUCUCUCUCUCUCUCUCUCUCUCUCUCUCUCUCUCUCUCUCUCUCUCUCCAACAAAAUUUCCUGACAGUAUAUGAAUAAAACCUAUCCCAGGAGCACACUAUCUCAGGGUGACACCAGUCUUGAAUACACAGUUCCUAGCUGAUGGUGAAGCAGUAAUAGCCCUGUACAACUUACCACCUUGGCCAACUCUCUUUCCCCCCUCCCCCAAAAUUUAUUUAUUUAUUUAUUUUUAUUUUAUUUUUUUAUUAUUAUUUACUUAUUUAUUUUAUUUAUUUAUUUUUAUUUUUUAUUAUUUAUUUAUUUAUUUAUUUAUUUAUUUAUUUAUUUUAAUUUAAUCAAUUUAUUAUUAUUAUUAUUUUAUUUUUUAUUUAUUUAUUUAUUUAUUUUUUUUUUUGUGUGUGUGUGUGUGUGUGUGUGUGUGUGUGUGUGUGUGUGGGAGGGGGGGAACAUCACCACUGAGAGUAUAGUAGGAGACAGUGAUCUGCAAGUCUUACCAACUGUAUUGUCAUUAUAUAUGGCAUUAUAAUUAUAUGUACAGCCAUCCCAAAGAGAUCAGUCACUUUGCCUAAACAAUAUAAAGCUGAAAAUGAUAAAUGCCAGUGAAGUUAUUUGCAAAAUAUUAGUAUUUUGUUGCAUUAGAGAAUUCAAGAAAAUGGUCAGUGGAUUUCCAAUAAAAUACAUUGCAGAACAUUUAUGUAUGACAUUAUUUCUUACAUAUUGAUCAUUAUCAAUGCAAAAUUUAUCAAUUACUGUAAAGUUUUAGUUUAUUUUGUUUACUUAGAAAUUUAUACUUAUUUAAUUUAAUUUCAGUUAAAGAAGUGUUAAAAAAUCUAUGCUACAAGUUGUUGGCUACUACCCUAUGAGUGACAAGAUUCCAUUACAAGAAUCCGCUUUUGCAUUUUGGUUUCAUCAAUCAUAUUGUGUUCAUUAUCUUACCCAGUACAAAUGAUUUGUAAUGUUGUGUAUUCAUUGUUGUAUGGAAAUCAUGAUUCAGCUAUAUUAUGUAGUACUUGGUGAUAUUUUGAGUAUGUUAACUGCCUCCUCCAGAAAAGUUAAAAUCUCAGAAAUCUAGUCAAGAUUUUAUGGUAAUUAGGAAAUACACAUGAAGCCUAUGUGUCGUUGAAGAAAGAAUGUAAAAUACCUCUUCAAAGAUAAUAAAUUUUUCAUAAAAAAUAUAAGUAUC